UUUAUAAAAAGCUAACCACACUCCCUCCCCCAAGAGAAAGGGAGAGUUUGAGAAACAAAUUAACACCACAAAUUCUUGAAUUUCGUUCAAGAUUUCCAUUCCGCACUCCGUUUUUUCCAAUCAAUUCUCCUCCUUCAAGAACAACUAACAUAUAUAUAUAUAUAUACACACACAAUUUCCCCAUUGUUUUCUCCCACUGUUAAUACAAUCAAGACUCCAUUUUUAUCAGUCUCUUCAAUCAAGAAACACAGUGCUCUGUUUCCUGCAGCAAUGGCGUCUUCUUUGGUUUCAUCGCCAUUCACACUCCCAAACUCCAAAGCAGUAAAGGUCCCAUCCCUCUUACAAAAGCACUACCUCCUCCACUCCUUCCUCCCCAAGAGAAGCGCCACCAAAACCAACCAGAAAUUCAAAUGCGCCGCCAUUGGCAACGGCCUCUUCACACAGACCACGCAGGAAGUCCGCAGAAUCGUGCCUGAGAAAUCGAACCUCACCACCGUCAAGGUCGUGUAUGUUGUCCUCGAGGCUCAGUACCAAUCCUCCCUCACAGCAGCAGUGCAAUCCCUCAACAAGAGCAACCAGUACGCCUCCUUCGAGCUCGUGGGCUACCUCGUCGAGGAGCUCAGAGACGUGAACAACUACAACAGCUUCUGCAAGGACCUUGAAGAUGCCAACAUCUUCAUCGGAUCACUCAUCUUCGUGGAGGAGCUCGCAUUGAAGGUGAAGGCUGCUGUGGAGAAGGAGAGAGACAGGCUCGAUGCUGUGCUUGUCUUCCCAUCAAUGCCUGAGGUCAUGAGGCUGAACAAGCUCGGAUCUUUCAGUAUGUCUCAGCUCGGGCAAUCGAAAAGCCCCUUCUUCCAGCUCUUCAAGAAGAAGGGCAAAUCGAAUGCAGGCUUUGCUGAUAGCAUGUUGAAGCUUGUCAGAACUUUGCCUAAGGUCUUGAAGUAUCUGCCUAGUGAUAAGGCUCAAGAUGCAAGGCUGUAUAUUCUCAGCCUGCAGUUUUGGCUCGGGGGAUCACCAGAUAAUUUGGUGAACUUCUUGAAGAUGAUCUCGGGCUCAUAUGUGCCGGCCUUGAAAGGGGCGAAUAUCGGGUAUUCGGAUCCUGUUCUGUACUUGGAUAGUGGGAUUUGGCACCCAUUGGCUCCUUGUAUGUAUGAUGAUGUGAAGGAGUAUUUGAAUUGGUAUGCAACGAGAAGAGAUGCUAAUGAGCAGCUCAAGAGCAAGAAUGCACCUGUGAUUGGGCUGGUUUUGCAGAGGAGUCACAUUGUGACUGGUGAUGAGAGCCACUAUGUGGCUGUGAUCAUGGAGCUUGAGGCUAGGGGAGCCAAGGUGAUACCGAUCUUCGCUGGGGGGCUCGACUUCUCUGGGCCUGUGGAGAGGUACUUCAUUGAUCCGGUGACCAAGAAGCCAAUGGUCAACUCGGUUGUGUCGCUUACUGGCUUUGCUCUUGUUGGGGGGCCUGCCAGGCAGGACCACCCGAGGGCCGUGGAGGCCUUGAUGAAGCUCAACGUGCCUUACAUUGUGGCGUUGCCGUUGGUGUUCCAGACGACGGAGGAGUGGCUCAACAGCACCCUGGGGCUGCACCCUAUUCAGGUGGCUCUGCAGGUAGCUCUCCCUGAGCUUGAUGGUGGCAUGGAGCCUAUUGUUUUCUCGGGCCGGGAUCCGAGGACAGGGAAAUCACAUGCUCUUCAUAAGAGAGUGGAGCAGCUGUGCACCAGAGCUAUCAGAUGGGCUGAGCUCAAGAGGAAAACAAAGGCAGAAAAGAGGCUGGCAAUCACUGUAUUCAGCUUCCCACCAGACAAAGGCAAUGUAGGAACUGCAGCCUACUUGAAUGUCUUCACUUCCAUCUACUCUGUGCUCAAAGAGCUCAAGAGAGACGGCUACAAUGUCGACGGCCUUCCAGAGACUUCCGAAGCCUUGAUCGAGGAGAUCAUCCACGACAAGGAGGCGCAGUUCAACAGCCCCAACCUCAACGUGGUCUACAAGAUGGGUGUCCGUGAGUACCAGAAGCUGACUCCGUAUGCCACUGCCCUCGAGGAGAACUGGGGGAAGCCCCCCGGUAACCUAAACUCGGACGGGGAGAACCUCCUUGUCUAUGGAAAGCAGUACGGAAACGUCUUCAUUGGUGUGCAGCCAACCUUCGGCUAUGAGGGAGACCCCAUGCGCCUCCUCUUCUCCAAAUCCGCCAGCCCCCACCAUGGAUUCGCUGCAUACUAUUCGUAUGUGGAGAGGAUCUUCAAGGCGGACGCGGUCCUCCACUUUGGCACCCACGGGUCUCUUGAGUUCAUGCCCGGGAAGCAAGUAGGCAUGAGUGAUGCCUGCUACCCGGACAGCCUCAUCGGGAACAUCCCUAACAUCUACUACUAUGCUGCCAACAACCCAUCUGAGGCUACAGUGGCCAAGAGGCGUAGUUAUGCAAACACCAUCAGUUACCUGACCCCUCCUGCCGAAAAUGCUGGCCUCUACAAAGGGCUCAAGCAGCUCAGUGAGCUGAUCUCGUCGUACCAGUCUCUUAAGGACUCGGGCCGUGGCCAGCAGAUUGUGAGCUCCAUCAUCAGCACUGCCAAGCAGUGCAAUCUUGACAAGGACGUGGAUCUACCCGAGGAGGGAGUCGAGCUUGCUCAGAAAGAGCGUGAUCUUGUCGUAGGAAAGGUGUAUGCAAAGAUCAUGGAGAUUGAAUCAAGGCUGCUACCCUGUGGCCUUCAUGUCAUUGGUGAGCCUCCAACUGCAAUGGAGGCUGUGGCAACACUAGCUAACAUUGCUUCAUUGGACCGAGCAGAGGAGGAGAUUACAUCUCUCCCGUCUAUAUUGGCUCAGACUGUGGGAAGAGAUAUCGAAGAUAUCUACAGAGGAAGCGACAAGGGAGUCCUACGCGAUGUGGAGCUCCUCCGGCAGAUCACUGAGACGUCACGUGGGGCAAUCACUGCAUUUGUGGAGAGAUCCACCAACAGCAAAGGCCAGGUUGUCGAGGUAGCUGAUAAGCUGACGUCAAUCCUUGGCUUUGGUGUGAAUGAGCCAUGGAUUCAAUACUUAUCAAACACCAAGUUUUACAGGGCAGACAGAGAGAAGCUGAGAGUGUUAUUCCAGUUCUUGGGAGAAUGCUUGAGGCUGAUUGUGGCGGACAACGAGGUUGGGAGCUUGAAGCAAGCGCUGGAAGGGAAGUAUGUGGAGCCCGGGCCAGGUGGGGACCCCAUCAGAAACCCGAAGGUGUUGCCUACAGGGAAGAACAUCCACGCCUUGGACCCACAGUCCAUCCCAACCACUGCAGCUAUGCAGAGCGCUAAGGUCGUCGUGGACAGGCUGCUCGAGAGGCAGAAGAUUGACAAUGGAGGGAAGUAUCCGGAGACGGUUGCUUUGGUGCUAUGGGGGACUGAUAACAUCAAGACAUAUGGUGAAUCUCUGGCUCAGGUUCUUUGGAUGAUUGGAGUCACACCAGUGACUGAUGGGCUUGGACGUGUGAACCGUGUGGAGAUAGUCAGCCUUGAGGAGCUCGGGAGGCCUAGGGUUGAUGUCGUUGUCAACUGCUCCGGUGUCUUCAGAGACCUCUUCAUCAACCAGAUGAAUCUUCUCGACCGGGCAGUGAAGAUGGUGGCGGAGCUGGAUGAGCCAGUGGAACAGAACUACGUGAGGAAGCAUGCGCUGGAGCAGGCCAAGGAGCUGGGAGUUGAGGUGAGGGAGGCUGCGUCGCGCAUCUUCUCAAACGCCUCCGGCUCCUACUCCUCCAACAUCAACCUUGCCGUCGAGAACUCCUCGUGGAAUGACGAGAAGCAGCUGCAGGAUAUGUACCUGAGCCGGAAGUCGUUCGCCUUUGACAGUGACGCCCCCGGUGUGGGCAUGACUGAGAAGCGUAAGAUCUUCGAGAUGGCUCUCAGCACGGCCGACGCCACCUUCCAGAACCUCGACUCCUCGGAGAUCUCCCUCACCGACGUUAGCCACUACUUUGAUUCGGACCCCACGAACCUCGUGCAGAACCUCCGGAAAGACGGCAAGAAGCCGAGUGCAUACAUUGCAGACACCACCACAGCCAAUGCACAGGUACGUACACUGUCGGAGACUGUGAGGCUGGACGCGAGGACGAAACUGCUGAACCCCAAGUGGUAUGAGGGGAUGCUGUCGAGCGGGUACGAGGGGGUCCGGGAGAUUGAGAAGCGGCUGACCAACACUGUAGGGUGGAGUGCAACAUCGGGUCAAGUCGACAACUGGGUGUAUGAGGAGGCGAACACGACGUUUAUCCAAGACGAGGAGAUGCUGAACAGGCUGAUGAGCACCAACCCCAACUCCUUCAGGAAGCUGCUGCAAACUUUCUUGGAGGCCAACGGGAGAGGAUACUGGGAGACCUCUGAAGAGAACAUUGAGAGGUUAAGGCAGCUUUACUCCGAAGUUGAAGACAAGAUUGAAGGAAUUGAUCGUUGAGAUUUACAUUCAAAACAAAACUGUUACUCUCCACUGCAAAUAACAUUAGGCUCUUCUGUCUGCUUGAAUUCUUUUGCCAAUUGCCCGCAUUGUAUUGAUUUUCCACAGGGUUGUUGGUUUGCUUCUUUGUAGCAAUGUCAAGAUACUGAUUUCACAUAAAUUUUCAACUUUAUCAAACAAGCAUUUGCUGCA